GUCAAAUUAUUGUGUACAAGAAAAUAACGAAAAUCAAACGAAAACAAAUAAAAAAAACAUAGUUGUGAAAAUUUUGUUAUCCGUUUAACUAUUGCUUAUUUCAGCUGAAUCCAACUUUAUUGCUUGAAUUUUGCUUAUUGGACAUAUUCUUUAUCCGGUUGAAGACCGGUAUCUAAGAGAAUGUCUCAAAGCGUGGUGCCUAUACCACGUCGAGGUGGAGCUACGGAAACUCCGAGAUUCGGAGAUGCUACAGAAUGGGAAGCAAGAGAAGCCCAAAGACAGCGGGAGUUGGACGAAGCACGGGCUCGCGCUGCCCAAAUGGAAAAGACGAUGAAAUGGUGGUCAGAUUGUACAGCUAAUUGGCGCGAAAAAUGGAGUAAGGUGCGAACUGAACGGAAUAAAGCAAGGGAAGAAGCCAAACAGUUGCGCGCUAAUCUUGAUAUAGCCAUGAAAGAAGCAAAUUCUUACAAGCGAGAAAAAAAUGAUCUCGAAAUGCAAAUAUCUCAACUAAAAAAGGAAAUGGAAAAGGUGCAUACUUUAAUGAUGAAACAUGCAGAUCAAUUCCAUAAAACAGGAAUAUGUGAUGCGUCUGAGGAUGCUGAAGCAAAUGGACGAGAUGCCAACUGUUCGCCAGAUAUUUCUUCCGAUGGCUUAAAAAAUGUGAAUAGCGAAGAUGGAUUGGUUACUAAGACUAUUUGCAAUGAUAUGAAAGAUUUGGAUAUCGAAGAAUAUAUAUUGAAGGGAGCGGUACCUAAAAAUGCCCCUGACAUGGAUGAAGUGUCCGCUGAAGAAAAACGUUUGAUUCAACAACUAUCGAAAGACGAUUUCGAUGAAGAGUAUUUGCUACAAAAAAUUUCUAUGCUCCAAUUGCGUUUGGAUGAAGCUCAGAAGACGGUUCAAGCAGAAAGGGAGGAGAAAAAUAUUUUACAUAAAACGAUCGAGAAAUUGAGCUUGGACAUACAAGAAGUGAGGGACCGCCAAGAAGAGCUGCGUCUUGCAAAACAGGAAGCAGUUCGUGAAUUGUUAACACUACAAGAACAACAUCGUGCUGAAAUGCGUAUUAUUAAUAAUUCAUUGCAAGAAGAGACAGCAUCGCGGGAAAAUCUUGAAAGACGUUUAUCAGAACUUCGAACUGAGUUGGAGCGACUACAGGCAGAAAACGCCUCAGAAUGGGGUAAACGGGAACGCCUCGAAACAGAAAAGCUUGCUUUGGAACGUGACAAUAAAAAAUUACGAGCAGAAGUGCGGGACUAUCAAGAACGCUCCGAUCGUAAAGGCCGACCUAUGCAGGCGAAUGAUGUCGAAGUACGUGCAUUACAACAAGAGCUAGCCGACCGAAAUAAAGAUAUUAGUGAGAUUAAGCUUUCACAUUCCAAAUUGAAGAAACUUUUAUCUGAAACUAAUACCGAGUUGGGACAUGCUGUACGACGAGCAGAGCAGUAUGAAGCUGAGGUAAAACGUCUUCGUCAGCGAGUAGAAGAGUUGAAGCGUGAAUUGGCCGGCGCUGAGGACGAAUUGGACUCAGCUGUAAAUCAGGUGCGUCGCUUACAACGCACCAAUGACGAAUUGGUGGGCCAAACCGAAGGACUCCAAGUGCAAAUACAACAUUUACAAACCAGACGCGCACCAAGUCCCCAAAUGCGUACCGUAGGUGGUGUACAAUUGCGCAACAAGAUCGCUGUUGAAAUCCCCAGCGAAUGUUUACCCAAUAUACAUGACCUCCGUCAGAUUUUCGACGAUCAACCAGCUGGUAGCCGCCAUAGCCAUAAUGCCGCUAGUAGCUUGCCAAAUGGUAGUGGCGAUUCGGCUAUACCGAAACGUUCAAGUCAUACCGAACGCACCUUGAUGCAACAGACGAGCACUUUUUUCGAUGCGAAACCAUCACAUUUGGAGGAAAAUAUUUUUGAGUCGAAAUCACGUAAUCUGGAAUUUGAGCGAGCUAAACAAAAAUUUGAUAAUCCAUCGCAUCUACAGCACCAACAUCAUCACCACCAACGCGAGCAGCGUGAGCGUUCGUCGGGUAGGUUUGCUGGUGGCGGCCAGCAGCAACAACAGCAGCAGCAACAGAUUGGUGGUAAUCGUUCAAAUCUGGCACUGCCAUUAAAAACGACCAACAGUUCGGGUUUGGGCCUGACCGGUGGCAAUGGCAGCGCCAGUUCAAAUUCGAAUACUACCACAAAUGCAAAUUCUAAUGCGAGUAAAGAUGAGAUAAAUCGUCAGUUAUAUAUGGAUGACCAUUCGCAUUCCUCGACGUCUGGUGGUGGUGGUGGUGGUAGUGUUGGUGUAGCAGGUGUGGUUGGUAUUGGUGGUACUGCUAGUGCUACUAGCACCGGCCAAUACAUUAGGAAAGAUGCUGGUGGUGGUAGUGGCGUUGGAGGUAGUGUUGGUGGCAGUUAUGCAAGGAACAGUAUUAACUUAGAUGGUCUUAAAGUGUCCGACGAUGAGACUCCGUAAUUACGGUUCAACGAGUUUAUUGCUGGACGAUGAAACAGAAGAAAAUAGUGAUGAGGGAAUUUAAAUUUAUUGACUAUAUUAUAUACACAUGCAUGUGAAAGCCCUGCAGGAAAGAUACUAGUUACCAACUAGAAUGCUACUAGUUUUAAAUUUUACCCUAAUUAGUAUUUCAGCCAUCCAUUUCCAUGUUAGUGACUACUAUUUUAAAUAUGGCGAUGUCCUACGAAAUCAAUAUGCUAUGUAUCUGCUUCAUAUUAGUCAUUUAUGUACGUAAAAUUUCUACUUCGGAGAAAUAACAAAAAAAAAAAA